CGCCGGCUGCAGCGGGUCAGAGUUGAAAGGUGCCGCCUGAGGCUUUUGUGUUGACAGAUUCAAGAUGUCAUCCACAGAGCAGGAAAGGGAUACAGAGGCACUGCCUUGCGUCCUCGUUACGAGCUGUGAUCCGGGGUUCAAAGAACAAGAGCUGGUUAAACAGAUCCUGGGUGCAGCGGCUGUGCCGGAGCCCUCCCGCCAGGAGGGGGCAGUGUGCUGGUACCCCUGGACCAUCAACAACAAGUACUACACUGCCCAGGUCAGCCUGUGCGUUGUGCCGAACACCCACCUGGUGACAGCGGAGAUCGCGGACAGCGUGCAGGCCUUCGUCGUCUGGUUUGACAGCACCACGGAGGCGGGACUGGACAGCGUGGCCCCCUGGCUGGCUGUAGUGGAGGAUGUGGCCCCUGAGGUCCUGACCCUGGUGUGUGAGCGGGUGUGCGACAGCGGGGUUUCCAGGCAGCAGGCACAGGAGUGGUGCCUGUCCCACGGAUUUGAACUGGUGGAGCUCAACCCCGAGGAUCUGCCCGAUGAGGAUGAUGACUUCCCAGAGUCGACAGGCGUGAAACGGAUCGUUCAGGCACUCAACGCCAACAUGUGGUCUAAUAUGGAGAUGAAGGAUGAGCGAGCCCAGUGUUUCGGCCUGAUGAGCAGUCUUGUGGCAUCUCGACACAGCAGCUCCUGCACCAGCCAAGACACACAGUCCCUCCAGCAGCCAGGAGAGGACACCCACGGGAGCCCUGGCCACAGCAGGACAGAGGCUACUGCCAACAGCAACACUCAGAUUGACGCGCUUGUGGAUCCCAUGACAGACAUGGACAUCCAAGAGCUGGCCAGCCUCACCACCAGAGACUCUGAUGUGGAGAACUUUGAGAGGCUCUUUACCAAGCUGAAGGAGAUGAAAGACAAAGCAUCGUCGUUACCUCAUGAGCAGAGAAAGCUCCACGCGGAAAAGGUGGCCAAAGCUUUCUGGAGGGCAAUUGGAGGAGACCAGGACGAGAUCGAUGGGCUGUCCUCAGAAGAGGACAGCUAAACGGGGGGAGGUGUUGUGAGAACGGAGGUCUCCUGGCUCUCCCUUCCCAAUGAAGACUGCCUUUCUCCUGCCUUCUGAGGAUUCUGUUACUUUUGCAUUGGGUUGGGAUUAAACAUCUCACUUGUCCCACUGAGAAGGAAUAGGAACACGGAAGUAGAAAAAAAAUAAUGUCCUGCAUUUUCGGUGUCCUCAGGCAGCGGGUCCCGUGCCCAGGCAGGAGAGCACCCCUCAACAGCCCAUCACACCUGCUCAGAGCAAAAAGAGCCCGUGGGUGGUAACACACAGAAGGCACUGAUAAAGUAGUGCUAAAGAUCAUGCAGGCCCACUCCCAUUUUUGGUUUUAUUUCUCUUUGGCUUGGGAAGAGCCCAGUUCAAACAUGGAAUAACGGGGUGGGAACCGGAGGGGAGAUUCUUGAUUUGAUCUGUGCGGCUCACCACACAGAGCUGGGCCAGGGCAGGGGUCCCAGCCUUUUCAAUAACAAUGCAGUGUCUCCCUGUGAUCCAUCUUUUUAUGUCAAACUCUUGUGACUUUGGUUCAUUUCUGAUUAAAACUGAUAAAAUUCACCUUC